AAUAGGAUGCAAAAAGAAGUAAUGAGGGUGUUGGGAAUCAGGAAGCUGAAGACCAGCAGUACACGGGGCAGGCCAAGGACAGCGUCGCUGCACAGGUCCGACCAAGCUGUUAUGCAGUCCACACCUAGCAUCCCCUGGUCGACAGCUACCAUCAUCCUGGAUGGCGGAGCUCAUGGUGAAACUCCCUGGCUUGAGGGAGACCAUGAUGAGGCUGACCUCAACAAGUGGCGAUCUUCCCUUAUCCCAGUCACGCUAGUGAGGAGCCGCUUAGCCCACGUGAUCCAUAGGCUCAAAGUAGACUGCACAGAGUCCAAGGUCCAGCUGGCCUGUGCUAAGAUGAUUUCCAGGCUCACGAUGCUGCUGAACCUCUUCAGUGAGAGAGAAUACGUCAAGGAGACGUCCUCCCUGUGGAAGUCAUACUGCUGGCCUAUGAAGAAUGUCGCCAACCUGGCCACAGGAAAUCCAAGAAAACGGGUGAAUCCUGAGAUUGCAAGAAAGGGAAUCUCAGAAUAUGGCUAUGGCAAAAGGCUAUUUGCUUUUUCAGUGAUUGCAAUGAUAACGAUGAUCAUGGCAGUAAUUUGCCUGUUUGAGAUCUGUUCUCAGCUUUCUGCAAUUAAGGAUGGCACCACUCAAAGGAAACGGUAA